AUGGCCUCCUUUGGUAGAGGCCGUGGGUAUGGUGGCUUCAAUUCAUUCUCGCACACGCGGUUGCGAGAUCGCGUUGGCAAUCGCGGAAAGAUGGAGCUAGAGCCGGACUUAGACCUGGACUUCAGCUCUUCGCUGGAGGUGGACCUCGGUGCAGGCUUAGGCACAGGAGUCCAACGUGACUCGUUUGGUUUUUCAUCCCAAUCUGGGAUGCCCAAAGCACGGGGUCUCAAGGCGGCAAGCUUCCAGAAUGUGCCGAGCACGGGAACCAUCAGGCCGAACAUUGGGUUGCAAGGCUUGGAGCAGAUGCCAUUCGACCACCAAAUCCGAGGGAUGCGCUGGAGGGGGGAUGGCGUUUGCUGCUUCAUUCUGGCGGGGAGUGGAGGUAUCGAUGCUUUCCGUGCUUCCCGGGUGUUGCCGCACUUGCUGCACCUGAGUACACUUAGCAGUGGGCACUUAUCGCAAGCAGAUCUCAGUGGGUUUCGCGCCUGUGUCCUGCUGGCUGACCUGAUGGAGUGGCCUGCCACUCAGGAAGGCGCCUCGGAUCUCUUGUCUGCCUGCAAGGAGUUGGCAUCAAACGGCUCCGCAGUUGCUGUCGUUGCGGUUUUCAUGUCCCCCAUCCCGGGUGGACCUGAUAGAGACGCAUCUUCCACGGCUGCGCUGCAGAAUGCUGUGCUUGGAGCCGGAGCCGACUGCGUCCUUUUCUCGUGUCCUUCGCAUCCAGUGACCUUUCGGCAUUUGCAGAUGGCCAUCCAGGGCACGGAGGCUUGGCACGAAAGGAUCGCCGAAGCGAUUGAGAGUGCCCAGGCUAAGUUGGCCAGGGCCCAGGAACAGCGCUGGCAAAGGCAUUACCAAAUAGCACUUCGCAAGAUUGUUUGGAAAGCGCCUCAGACAGUCUUUCCGCACAUUCCCCAAGAAGACGCAGACCUGGAUGAGCGCGAAGAUGGCGUGGGUGACUGCUCCUUUGUUCGCGUGAUCGGGUCUGGUGCCUUUGGCAGCGUCUUUCUUGGGCGACAUCCCCGACUUGGCGAUGUUGCGGUGAAAGCCAUCAAGAAAGCAUCCAUCAAGAAUAUCUUUGACCUUGCCAAGGUUGAGCGCGAGCUCAGCAUCCUCAUGGGAGUCCUUGACCACCCGAACGUGCUGCAGAUUCUGUCCUGUUUGCACAGUGCGAACAACCUCUACAUUGUCAUGGAGUUCCUUGGGGAGUACACUCUGCACACUUAUUUGCAGCUGCGGCAAUCCGGAUCAGCCCGCAACGUGGUAAUGCUGCCUUUUCAGGAGGUGCAGAGCAUAUUUGGCGACAUCCUCAAGGCUAUUGCCCAUUGUCACGCAGCGCACGUGUGCCAUCGUGACCUCAAGUUCAAAAACAUGAUGAUCGACGCGAACAGCCGGGUAACCAUGGUGGACUUUGGAUUGGCUGUGCAAGUAGCGCCCGGCCAAGAGCUGCAUGAUUCCUGCGGCACAGUGCCAUUUGCUGCACCCGAGGUCAUGCUGUGCAGCCCAGUCAAAGGCUAUGACGGUACAGUCGCAGAUACCUGGAGCAUAGCGGUGUGCCUGGUGGAGUUGCUUUGCGGGUUGGGAACUGUGGAAAGCAUCAUUGGUCUUACUGCCGAUGACGAAGCCAACUUCGAUCACAUAGCCCAACAAUGUUUGCUCUUAUGCACGGACUACGUGCACCAGUUGGUUUUGUCAUAUGCAGGUAAAGAUGUGCAAGGUGUGCAUCGGAACGACCUUGUCAAGACCAUGCGUGGCACCUUCCGUGAGAACCCGAAGUCGAGGAUGUCUAUUCGGGACAUCGGUGCUUUAGAGGCAUUCUCCGCAAAAGCGGGGCCGCUGCCCAAGGCCAAGAAGCAUCGGGGUGAGAAUGAUGAUGAUGAGCGAUCGUCCUGGACACAGUCCCAGUAUUCCUACCCCAAGAGUGGAGGGAGUGGCGAGGGCGAAGAGGCUCUUUCGGACUUGUCCGUGACGGACUGGAUCGGUGCAGAUGCCGACCAGGGAAUCCGACCAGUGCAGCCAUUGCUGGAACGUAUAGGUGGCUCCCAAACCGUGGUCAAGGUGGUGAGUACAGUGUACGACUGGCUGUUGCCUCGCCCGGAGUUCGGGCGUUUCUUCCUCGCCUGCCCCCUGAAGAUGGGAAGGAUCCGGGCUGGAAUCAGUUCUUUCCUGACAGAGCUGCUGGAAAAUUCAGCGAAAGCCGACCUGGACAUGCUGUCCAACGUGCACUGGAACCUGGGCGUGUCAGACUUCCUCUUCACCGACUUCGCCGAUGCUUUGCUUGAGGCGUUUCGGACUUGGGGAUCACGGGGUGACUCCGCCAUGGCGGAAAUCCAGGCCUCCAUCGAGAAGCUGCGGCUUCCCAUCACUGCAGGCCACCGGGCACGCCUCGCCGCGGCACAGACGGAUCGGUGCCAACAGGAGAUUGUUUGGCUGAUGGCGGACCUGGGCAUUGCCGCAGAGGACUUUGCCCAGGCGCUGUCAGAUUUGCUGACGCAGGAUGCAAGACUGGAGGCAUGUUUAAACGAGCUCGAGAAGCGCAACGAAGAAGCCAACCUCAACGCCCUGCAGCAGUUUUCAAGGACGCUGUGGCAGGGCACCAUUGAUGCAGCCAUGGAAGUGAUGUUCACAGGCGAGCAGCCGCUGUUCCAACAAGACAUCGGUGCCGUCACCCUCUUCUGUGAAAACGUGCGGCAAGUCUUGACAGAGACAGGUUUAGAAGACAACGACGCCAAAGACCUGCAGGUUCUUAUGGAGCACUCUGGCGAGCUCGUCCUGAACCGUGCUCGAAAUGCCAGACUCGUCCAGCCACCUAGCAUGGCGCAUGACGUCGCUUGGUUUCAGAAAACGCUGCUGGACCUGUGCAAGGCCGACUCCUACCUCCAGUUCUUCGCCGAGAACCCCAAAAUGGACAACUGCCUGCAGUCGAUCUUCAAGUUGGUCAUGAACGGUGGCACACCUCCAGCUGGUGCAUCCUUCUCCAGCAAGCUUCGGAGUGCCCACCAAGACCUCUACCUAACCGAUGCACGGUACAGUGCCUUCCUCGUGCAGGUUGACAAGGUGCUUCGAGCCAUGUUUCCAUGGCCAGUGCACCCAGCUGCAGUUGCGAACAGCAACAUUCGAUCCCUGGAGGGUUUCCGAACGGAAGUUCUGUGUGGAAGCACUUUGCGAAGCUCCCGGCUACAGGCUGUUGAAGGCAUGCUGAACUCCAGUACAGAUACCAGCAAGCAGAGGGUGGCACGAACUGCCCGGAAGAACCGAGUCAUGUCGGCGAUGCAGAGGUGCGCAGGGAAGCUCUUCAACGCCAUCGCCUCAGACAACCGAGUUUCCGUCUUCUUUCGAAACACUGACCCGGCAUGCAAAGAUCGCAAAGCCAAGUAUUUGGGCUGUGCGAUGGGAGGAACACUGCCGCCGGUCACCCAGAGCACUCCUGCGGCCACGCCGGCCGGGACCGGCACAGCAAGUCCAUCCUCCUUCUCGUCAAACAGCACAGUUCCCAUGUCGCCAGCUUCUUCCCUCAAACAGCAGCACAACCUCUUCCGCAUCUCGGAUUACCACUUUGAUGUGUUUUUAGACCACGUGCGGACGGCUUUGGGUGGCGAGGAUCCGGAAGCUGCAGACCUCGCACCGGCACAGCUUGAGAAUUUGAGGCAACACGUGGUGCUCACGUCCCGUGCCUCGCAGUGUCCGGUUUCUGGGUCCACCGCAUCGAAUGGUCGAGCCUGCCCCUUCGCCCGGCGAGCAACGAAUGGCAGUGCCCCGCUCUUGGACAGAGUGGGUGGAUCAGAGGAGAUCGAGAAGAUUCUAGCCCACAUGGAGCGGGAGGCCGCGUCCUCGUCAAUCCUGGUGCCUUUCCUUCAGAACCAGGAUCGUCUACCAUGUCGGCUGGGGAUUCGGAAUCUGCUGGCCACAGCGGCCGCAGGUGACAAGCUUCCUGAAGUAGAUCCGCAGCGUUUGCAAGCAGCGCACGCCAGCUUGAAAAUGCUGCCUGAGCAUUGUGAGAAGUGGCUGAGCUGCUUCAAUAAAAGCAUGGUGGCGCACAUUCUUGCGCCGGAGGUGGCAGAAAAGCUGCAGACCUGCUUUCAGACGCUAGUGUCGUCCAUGGUGUCAAGCACAGAGUCGAAGACUGAAGAGGACGCGGAGGAUGACAAGUACGCAGACGCAGAAGACAAGUCUGCAGUCGAUUGGGGUCGGCUUCAGGGCUUGAUCGAUGAACUCGAGGGCGAAAAGGGCCUGAGCAAGUUGAUCGAGACCUGGUACCAUUGCAUCAGUGAGGACUCCACCAUCAAUGUGUUCUUCACUGGCACCCGGCCUCAAGUCAUGAUGUUCCAAACCCGGUUUUGGAAGAAGGUCCUCCGUUCAGGCCUGGAACCUGACGGCCGCAGGCAGCUACAGCUCAUCAGCGUCCACCAGCAUCUCCGCAUCACGCACAACCAUUUCGAUGCGUUUGUGCGGUGUCUCAUGCUGGCGUGCGAUCAGCUGAACCUAAGUCAGAACUCCUCGAACAACAUGCGAGCAGCCGUGGAGUGUUUCCGGCAACAGAUUGUUACAGAAGUCUGA